AUGACCUUGUUAGUGGGCGGUUUUGAGUCCCACGUUUUAUUCGACUCUGGAGCAUCGAAUUGCUUCAUUACACCGGAGCGUGCCGAGAAGAGUGGCAUCCGGAGUAGCGCGGGCGAGAGCGCGGGCAUGGUCAAGGUGGCGGGAGGUGGAUUCUUGUCUACUUUGGGCCGUGCUAGAGGAGUCGAGAUCGAGAUUGCGGGGCAGUCAAUGCCAGCAGACUUAGUCAUCAGUCCGGUGGAGCUGUAUGACGUUAUUCUCGGGAUGGACUGGUUGUCACACUACAGAGUUCAUCUGGAUUGCUACAGAGGUAGAGUGGUCUUCGAGCGAGAUGCAGGGAGGUUGGUUUAUCAGGGAGUGAGACCGACUUCCGGGAGUAUUGUGAUAUCUGCUAUUCAGGCCGAGCAGUUGUUAGAGCGGGGCUGUGAGGCGUAUCUGGCGACGAUUUCUAUGUCUGAGUCAGGAGCUGGAGUUGUUAUGGGAGAUAUUGAGGUUGUCCAGGAUUUUGAGGAUGUCUUUCAGUCACUGAAGGGAUUACCACCAUCUCGGUCUGAUCCUUUCACGAUUGAGUUAGAGCCGGGGACAGCACCGAUAUCGAAGACGCCUUACAGGAUGGCGCCAGCUGAGUUGGCAGAGCUGAAGAAGCAGAUAGAGGACCUUUUGUCUAAGGGGUUCAUUCGACCGAGUGUUUCACCGUGGGGAGCACCGGUGUUGUUUGUGAAGAAGAAGGAUGGAGUUUCAGACUUUGUAUCGAUUACAGAGAUUGACUUGGCAUCGGGGUAUCAUCAGAUCCCGAUAGAUGAGGCAGAUGUCAGGAAGACUGCUUUCAGGACGCGUUAUGGGCAUUUUGAGUUUGUGGUUAUGCCUUUCGGUUUGACUAACGCGCCGGCAGCCUUCAUGAGAUUGAUGAACGACGUGUUCAGGGAGUAUUUGGACGUGUUCGUCAUCAUUUUCAUUGAUGAUAUUCUGGUAUACUCGAGGAGUCAGGAGGAGCAUGCGACUCACUUGAGGUUGGUUCUGGAGAAGCUUCGGGAGCAGAAGCUUUUUGCUAAGUUGAGCAAGUGCAGUUUCUGGCAGCGAGAGAUGGGAUUUCUUGGCCACAUUGUUUCUGCAGAGGGAGUUUCUGUGGAUCCGGCUAAGAUUGAGGCUAUCAGAGAUUGGCCUAGACCUAGUAGUGCCACCGAGAUCAGGAGUUUUCUGGGUUUGGCAGGAUACUACAGGAGGUUCGUCAAGGGGUUUGCUACCAUGGCGCAGCCGAUGACGAAGUUGACCGGGAAGGAUGUCCCGUUUGUUUGGUCAGCUGAGUGUGAGGAGAGCUUUAGUCAGCUCAAGGAGAUGUUGACUACUACACCAGUGUUGGCGUUACCCGAGCCAGGGAAGCCUUACAUGGUGUAUACAGAUGCUUCAGGCAUUGGUCUUGGUUGUGUGCUGAUGCAGGAGGGCAGAGUGAUAGCAUAUGCUUCGAGACAGUGGCAGGGCAGUGAGCGUAACCGUCCUACACAUGACUUAGAGUUGGGAGCAGUGAUCUUCGCGUUGAAGAUUUGGAGGUCUUACUUGCUAGGUGAGACAGUACAGGUCUUCACGGAUCACAAGAGUUUGCAGCAUAUCUUCACUCAGCCGAUGAUGAACGCGAGACAGACGCGCUGGGUUGAGUUCUUGGCGGACUAUCAGGUGAGCAUUAACUACCAUCCGGGCAAGGCUAACCUAGUGGCGGACGCGUUGAGUAGACGGAGGUAUGAUUCCGCAGUUGAGCGAGAUGUGGAGUCUCUAGUUGGCGAGAUCAGUACCUUGCGUUUGUGUGCCAUUUCGCAGGAGCCUUUGGGUUUAGAGGCAGUGGAUCAGGCGGAUCUACUUAGCAGGAUCAGAGUUGCUCAGCAGAGUGAUCAGAGUUUGCUAGAUGCGACGAGAGUGACUGGUUCUGAGUAUGAGGUCUCUGCGAAUGGGACUAUCUUGGUUCGUGGGCGAGUUUGUGUGCCUAAGGAUGUGGAGUUGAGACAUCAGAUUUUGGGAGAGGCUCACGCGAGCAAGUUUUCCAUUCAUCCGGGAGCGACCAAGAUGUACCAUGACCUCAAGAGGUACUAUCAUUGGGUCGGGAUGAAGAGGGAUGUAGCAGACUGGGUUGCGAAGUGCAACACUUGUGCCUUGGUGAAGGCAGAGCAUCAGGUUCCGGGUGGUCUUUUGCAGAGUUUACCCAUUCCAGAGUGGAAGUGGGACAGGAUUACGAUGGAUUUCGUGGUUGGACUACCUGUUUCGAGGACUUUCGAUGCUAUCUGGGUGAUUGUGGAUCGGUUGACUAAGUCCGCACAUUUCUUGGCCAUCAAGAAGACAGAUGGAGCUGCUGUCUUGGCUAGGAAGUUUGUGCGAGAGAUUGUGAGGCUGCAUGGAGUGCCAGCUAGUAUUGUGUCAGACCGUGAUCCCAGAUUCACUUCAGAGUUUUGGAGGGCGUUUCAGGCAGAGAUGGGCACUAAGGUGCAUCUGAGUACAGCUUAUCAUCCGCAGACAGAUGGUCAGUCAGAGAGGACUAUUCAGACUUUGGAGGAUUUGCUGAGGAUGUGUGUGUUGGAUUGGGGUGGCCAUUGGGCAGAUCACCUGAGCUUAGUUGAGUUUGCAUACAACAACAGCUUUCAGGCGAGUAUUGGCAUGGCUCCAUUUGAGGCUUUGUAUGGGAGGCCAUGUAGGACACCCCUAUGCUGGACCCAAGUGGGGGAGCGCAGCAUGUAUGGAGCUACUUAUGUUCAGGAGACGACAGAGAAGGUUCGUGUUGUGAGGCUGAACAUGAAGGAGGCUCAGGAUAGGCAGAAGAGUUAUGCAGAUAGACGCAGACGAGAGCUUGAGUUUCAGGUGGAGAUAGAGUUUAUCUCAAGAUGGCUAUGUUGA